CUCUCUCUCUCUCUCUCUCUCUCUACAUUUUGGAGAGGGGAGAAACAUUAGUUCCAUUGAAUGAAUCUUGCUUGUUUCCUUAUCAACGAAAAACACACCUUCUUCUUCUCCACAUAAGUCUUCCAUAGCCUAAUCAACACAUACAUACAUACAUACAACCCAAACAAAAACAUAGUCUACUGCAUGUUCUUUACGUCUGUUCGGUGCAAAACAUACCCAACUCUCUAUUAUAUUCUUAAUCUCCCCAAACAACAAUUUUACCAAAGAAAUUUGUUCUUGUUUUUGAUUAUGUGCAGCCAGUUUAAGCUGCACGGCAUGGAGAAUUACCAGGGAGAUUUAGCGGAUAUUGUCCGCGGCAGCGGAUUAGCCGGAAACGCCGCCCAGGAAGCCGAGCCGCCGGCGCUUCCCGACACGUGGCAGUAUAGCAGCGGCGAUAACGAUAAUAUCGCGGCGGCGGUUAUGAACUGCUACUCCGAUCACCGAGAUUUCGGGGAUCCGUUUUCUCACAUGAGAGAUCCGAUGAUGUUCCAGGACCUAGCCAUGCCGCCGCCGCCUCCCUCCGCCGCGUUCUUCGCCUGCUCCGAUAAUGAUCCGGCGGCGGCGGUGUCGGAAACCGCCACUAGCUCCGCCGUCUUCGCCCCGCCGAAGCUAAUUCUCGACGAGGAAAUGAAGAGACCGGCCUGCAACAUAUUCUCCAGAAUGCUCCAGAUCUCCCCCACUUCAAACCCGCCGCCGCCGAGCGGCGGCGGCGGAAUCGCCUGCGGCGAAAACAUAAUCUCGGCGGCGUCGUCCUCCGGCAACGCGGCGGCGGGGCUGCAGAUCUCAUCUCCGCGAAAUACGGGCUCUAUUAAACGAAGGAAGAGUCAGGCGAAAAAGGUGGUGUGUGUGCCGGCGCCGGCGCCGGCGAAUAGCAGGCCAAGCGGGGAGGUGGUACCGUCUGAUCUGUGGGCUUGGAGGAAGUACGGGCAGAAGCCAAUCAAAGGCUCCCCUUAUCCCCGGGGGUACUAUAGAUGCAGCAGUUCAAAGGGUUGCUCGGCAAGAAAACAGGUGGAACGUAGCCGGACUGAUCCAAACAUGUUGGUCAUAACCUACACUUCCGAGCACAACCACCCCUGGCCCACCCAGAGAAACGCCCUCGCCGGUUCUACCCGAUCACAAGCCGCCAAAAACGCCGCCGCCAAAUCCUCCCUUUCCCAAACCCCAACCCCUAAUGACACCCAAACGGAUCCCCACACAAUCUCCGACACCACCCCGCCGGUCAAGGAGGAGACCACCACCGCGCCGGAGGACCACGCCAUACAAAUCAACGACUUGGACGAUUUCCCGGCGGCCGGAUUCCCCCAGAGCUACAAACCCGCGCUGCCGUCGUCGGACGAGCACCAUCACCAGCCGGAAGAUUUCUUCGCCGAUUUGGGAGAGAUAGAAUCCACCGACCCUCUAAACCUCAUGUUCUCCCAAGCCUUCCCGUCCGGACAAGAAAAGAAACCCGCCGGAAUCGCCAUUGAUGACGCCUUCAACUUCUACGAUUGGACAGACAACAACAACAAUAGUAUACAAACGCUGGGAAAAUCCGAUUCCGGUCAGAGGGGAUUGUAAUAAAACCAAACCACAUGGGAUCUCCCUCCCAGGUAACACGGAAGUCUCAAAUGUCCGCCUGUUCAUCACCAUCAUCACAUACUAUACAACACAUCAUUAUUAAUUAUUCACUUAUAUAAUUGCAUUCCCAGUCCAAAAGCUAGCUAGUCUGAUAUAUCUAUCCUAUGGAUUGAAUCUAUAUAUAUAUUUGAAUCUUUAUAUGAUUGAUACGAGUUUAAUAUAUCUGUUUUGGUCACAAUUUCUUUAGUAUCAAAACGUUCAACACGUAUCAAUUAUAUAAAGAUGUGACAUAAAAGGUUGUCUAUGUUCAUUUCUUUAAUUUUUUUUAGAGGUUUUUUUUUUCUUCCUUUCUUACUCACCAUGAAUACUAUGUUACUUGUAGCAAAUGUAGCAUUAGAACUUUAUUGAAAUAGCCAUUUUCGUCUUUA